CUCGCUCGAGACUGCCUCAAACGAGAGUCUGGUCAGAUUGCUAUUUGAAUUUUGUGAUACCAAAACGAGGCUUACCGAAAAAUCGGUAAAGUUUUUCAUUGGCUGACAGCUACACACCCACAAAAUAAAGAAAACAAACAAAAUGGCGACUGAGAGAAAGUUUCAAGAAGCUCUGGAGUUCACGCUUGUGCAAAGAAACAUCGAUUUCCAACUGAAAGAUUUGCAGCUCGCUAUUCUGAAGGAUGUCGUUAUGAGUAAGAAAGACGUUUUAGCAGUGUUACCGACAGGAUAUGGGAAAACUAUCAUCUAUUCGCUUAUACCAACUCUGGUGGAUGCAUAUGAAAGCAAAACUGACAGUAUUGUUAUCGUUGUUUCCCCACUGGUUGCUCUGAUGGAAGACCAGGUUGUCAAUAUUGAAGCUAGUGGGAUCCGCUGUGUAUACGCAAGUAAACAGCAAACAAGAGAAACUGAUACAGAGCUGAAAAAUGGAACAGUCCCGAUUUUGAUGAUGAGCCCAGAAGCCCUUUUCCACGGGGAAUGGAGACAGCUGUUUUCUUCCGAAACAUAUCAGACUAGAGUUGCAGCCAUUGUUGUUGAUGAAGCACACUGUGUAGAACAAUGGGGAGAUGAAUUCCGAACGGAUUAUGGAAGAUUAGCAGAGCUGAGAAGCAUUUUACCAAAAGCUGGUAUGCUGGCUUUGACAGCCACGGCUUCACCAAAUUCCCGAAUGUUAAUAAAGAAAAAGCUCUGUAUGGAACAAGCAAGUGUGAUUGUCGGAAACUGUAACAGACAAAACAUUACCCUAAAUUGUGUUAAAGCACCAUAUGAUCCUAAAGCAGCAUUCCUGUGGUUAGUUGAACGCCUUAGGACAGAAAAGCAGCAGUAUCCAAAGACUGUCAUAUAUUGUCGCAGCAUAAAAUCAUGUUCACUUUUAUUUAAACUGUUUACAGAUAUUAUGGGAGACCUUGCAUAUUGUGGAACUAAAUGUGCAAAAAACCGGUUAUUUGCCAUGUAUCACCAUUCAACCUCAACAAAAUGUAAGAAGAUCAUCAUGGAUAACUUUCCAAAUCCUGACAGUACUUGUAGGAUUGUAAUUUGCACCUCAGCUUUCGGCUUAGGAGUCAAUGUGCCCGACAUCAAUAUGGUUAUUCACUGGGGGGCUUCAAGGUCUAUUGAAGGGUUUAUGCAGGAAUUCGGAAGGAGUGGUCGGGAUGGAGGAAGUGCUAUGUCUGUUUUGUAUUAUCAUGGAAUGGACAUUAGCAAAACUUCAACAGAUGACAAGAUGAGGUCAUAUGCAACUGCAGAUACCUGUCGGCGUGUUUUGUUACAAGAACACUUUACUCCAGAUGUCAGCAUUAAUAUGCAAAUUAAUCCACAACAUUUAUGUUGUGAUAAUUGCUACAGAAACUGUAAGUGCUCAAAUUGUCCAGAUUUACAUACUGCCCUUCUUUCAGACUUAGAAGAAGAUAAUGAUUUGUGUGCAGCAGCUUCAACAGUGGUGUGUCAUGUUGUGUCGGAAUCUCAACAAAAAGAAAUUUCCGUCAACCUACACGAAUAUAGACAAAUGCUGGUAGAGGAGAACAGUGUUCCAUCUCUAUUGAACACAGAUAUUUCAACUGGACUCAGUGUUUCAUUGAUUGACUCCAUUACGAACAAUGUUCAAUAUAUAGGUAGUAUAGAGGACCUAUUGUCAGAGUACAUAUUUGAUCAAAGGAUUGCAAGUUCAGUGAUGGACAUUAUUAAUCAAACGCUUGGUGAUUAAUUAACUGUAACCGUAAACAAAUAUUUACAAAUGGCUUAUGUACAAUACAAAUUUACAACUAAUAAUGAUGUUAUUACACGUUCAUUUUUAUUGAUGAACUAUUUUUUAUACAUUUUAUACAACAGGCAACCUAGAAAGGAAAACCCUUCCUUAUGUAUUCUAAAGCCUUAAGCUAACUAGUACUGAUACAGACAUGU